CUCUUCAUUUUGAUUGCACACUGUUGUUGUUACUUUGUGAUGUCAUUUCAUGCAGUGAUAUCAUGGGAUCUGGUGGCUACUGAAGAGUAAUGGGAAGAGAUUGGGUCACAGAGUUCUUACAAUUUUAGCUUUGUAAUGAUGACACAUCUUUAUGGAGGGUAACAAUAGCAGAGCUCGAUACUACCAUCUUGUUCCUAAAUAUAGCAAUGGCUCCUUGGAAUCCAGCGUGUCUAAUACUGGUAUCGAGAGACACUCGGGAGGUGCAGGCCAGACUGGGCUGGGAAAUUCUGGGAACACCUGCUACCUGAACUGCAUCUUGCAGUGUCUCUGCAGCACUACGCCAUUGGUGGAAUACUUCAUAACCGGAGCUUAUGCAGAUGAUCUAAACAGAGGUCGGGGAGAACUCUCCAAUGCAUUCUCUGCUUUAGUCAUGGACAUGUGGCUCGGAGAUUGCGUUUAUGUCUUUCCUGACGAAGUGAAGCGAGUCCUUGGCAAACUGCAUGCAUCAUUUUCUGACGGCACACAACAGGAUGCUCAGGAGCUGCUGCUGUUUUUCCUAAAUAUCCUCCACAAUGACCUUAAGCGAUCUACAGGAGUGAGAAACGUGGAAACUUCAAUUAUUUCAAAGAUGUUUCAGGGUCAACUGAACUAUGUCAAAUUGUGUCUAAAUUGUUACCACAAGUCUAGCCAAACUGAGAAUUUCCUGAGUCUGUCUCUGCCAAUGCCUCCUGAUAACAGAUGCUCCAUUCAGGAUUGUCUCAAAUUGUUCUUUAAAGAAGAGGUGCUGAGCUCCAGGGAUCAACCUUUUUGUUCCUUUUGUGGAAGGAAGCAGGACCAGGCAGAAAGUAUCCAACUGCUGAAAGCCCCUGAUAUAAUUAUAAUACACCUGAAACGCUUUGAAUCUGAUGAUCAUGGCAAUAGGAAACUGACCAGUACUGUGACCUUUCCACUUGAAGAUCUCGAUCUGUCCCAAUAUACAACCAAUCCAUCAAUGCAGCAGCUGAAGUACCAUCUUUAUGCUGUUGUGAAUCACACAGGCACUUUAGACAGUGGUCACUACACUGCCUACUGCAAGAAUCCAGUUACACAGAACUGGCAUGAAUUCAAUGAUGCAAAAGUGACCAGCAUUUCUGAGCAGAAGAUCCAGUCACCAGCAGCUUACGUUCUUUUCUAUAAUUGUGUCAAUUUUCAGUGGCCGCAGUAAUACUAUCUCAGACAGACUACAACAAUAAACUGUUUCCCUAUAGUCCAGUUUUCAUUCUGUACUUGCCCAUGAGGGCAGCACAAUAUAUAAAUUAUGUAAUUAAUUCUUAACAGCACAACUUUAUUUUAUCUGUUGUUGUCUAAAUGGACUCUAGCCCAUGGAUUAAAGGUAUUCGCCUCUGCAGUAAGUCUUUGGAGCAUUGUGUGAUCAAAUGUACAGUAUUUGCUAU